GGGGCUGUUGUGGUUCCGACUAUAAACAGUAUGUGUUUGGCGGCUGGGCCUGGGCCUGGUGGUGUAUCUCCGACACUCAGAGGAUUUCCCUAGAGAUUAUGACGUUGCAGCCCCGCUGUGAGGACGUAGAGACGGCCGAGGGGGUAGCUUUAACUGUGACGGGUGUCGCCCAGGUGAAGAUCAUGACAGAGAAGGAGCUCCUGGCCGUGGCCUGCGAGCAGUUCCUGGGCAAGAAUGUGCAGGACAUCAAGAACGUCGUCCUGCAGACCCUGGAGGGGCAUCUGCGCUCCAUCCUCGGGACCCUGACUGUGGAGCAGAUUUAUCAGGACCGGGACCAGUUUGCCAAGCUGGUACGGGAGGUGGCAGCACCUGAUGUUGGCCGCAUGGGCAUCGAGAUCCUCAGCUUCACCAUCAAGGAUGUAUACGACAAAGUAGACUAUCUGAGCUCCCUGGGCAAGACGCAGACUGCUGUGGUGCAGAGAGAUGCUGACAUUGGUGUGGCUGAGGCUGAGAGGGACGCAGGCAUCCGGGAAGCCGAGUGUAAGAAGGAGAUGCUAGACGUGAAGUUCAUGGCAGACACCAAGAUCGCCGACUCCAAGCGAGCCUUUGAGCUGCAAAAGUCAGCCUUCAGUGAGGAGGUCAACAUCAAGACUGCUGAGGCCCAGUUGGCCUACGAGCUGCAAGGGGCCCGGGAGCAGCAGAAGAUCCGGCAGGAAGAGAUUGAGAUUGAGGUUGUGCAGCGCAAGAAACAGAUUGCAGUGGAGGCACAGGAGAUUCUGCGCACAGACAAGGAGCUCAUCGCCACCGUGCGCCGGCCUGCAGAGGCCGAGGCCCACCGCAUACAGCAGAUUGCUGAAGGGGAAAAGGUGAAGCAGGUCCUCUUGGCACAGGCAGAGGCUGAGAAGAUCCGCAAAGUUGGGGAGGCAGAGGCGGCAGUCAUCGAGGCGAUGGGCAAGGCAGAGGCUGAGCGGAUGAAGCUCAAGGCUGAAGCCUACCAGAAAUAUGGAGACGCAGCCAAGAUGGCCUUGGUGCUGGAGGCCCUGCCCCAGAUUGCCGCCAAAAUCGCUGCCCCUCUGACCAAAGUUGAUGAGAUUGUGGUCCUCAGUGGGGACAACAGCAAGGUCACAUCAGAAGUGAACCGACUGCUGGCUGAGCUGCCUGCCUCUGUGCACGCCCUCACGGGUGUGGACCUAUCUAAGAUACCCCUGAUCAAGAAGGCCACCGGUGCGCAGGUGUGAGACCCCUGCAGGCCCACACCCUUCAGCAGCCACCCGCCCCUCCCUCCAGGACCUGUUUUAAUACCACAGGGACAACGGGAACGUUACUGCUGGUGCCUUAUUUUGUGGGGACCAGAAGUGCUGCGUGUUCAGGCCACCUCUGGCUGUCUUUCCUUCUCUCCUGUCUCAGUCCACCUCCUCCUUUUCCUCUCCUCUAGCCCACACCCUCACUUUCACUGCCAUGUUCAUCUAGUCUCUCAUCUUCCUGUGUCUCUUCCUUUGUCCGUCUUUUUCUCUCCCUCUCUCCUCCCACCCCCUAUACACAUCGUGUCGUUUAAGCUGAAGAUGUUAUCAUCAAUGUCUGUCUGUGGGGGGUGGCCCCGCUGCUCCUCAGAAUCCUGGUGCCUUGAAGUUCUCCAUGCAUCUGUCCGUCCUCCCUGUGGCCCUGGCCAGAGCUCAGCAUGGGUGCCGGGGCUCUGGGUAGGACGGUCACCCUCCCCUCUCCCGGACUGGUCUUUCCAGCCCUAAACUUUGCCCCAGAAAGCCCAUGGCCUCACCUGCUCCUGCCCCUCAAGGCCUAGGGCAGCCAUGGCCUGUAGGGCCCAGAGCCAUUGCUCUUCCCCUCACCCCUCCCCAGGCCCAGGCCGGCACUCAUACCCUGCCCUUCUCUCCCUUACCCCAGGGGCACAGAGACAAGGCCUCCUAUCCAUAGCAGCUUCCUCAGUUACUACUGCCUUAGGAGGCCCCUGCUUGUGCUCAGGGAAGCCCUCUUCAUGGGCAUGUCCCUGCUAAGGGGGUGGGGCUUGGUCCCAACUGUGCUAAGCCUUCCUGGGAUCAGUGUCUAGCCCUGCUGGGGACAGGAAAGUGUGUAGACCCUCUUCCUACUAGGGCUGCACUCUCCUGGGUUUGGGCCCUUCCAGUGGGCAAGGCUGUGCCAACCCUGUACAGAAUCAAGUGCUAUAGACUGGCCAGAUCCCAUACCCCUUGUGCCAUCUUUCUUCCUGGCCAGAGUGAUGUGUACCAGCCAUGGGGAAGCAGCCCAAUCCUCUGCCUUCUUUCUCCAGUGGAGGCAGAAGAGCCCAGGGCCCAAGCAUCCUGGCAGGGGUGCUGUGGGUGUCCUAUGGUCCCAGUUCCCCAACCCCAGCCCGCCCCAGCCUGUGUAGCUGUUCCUGCAUGUGGAUGCUGCAUGUCUGGUCUGGGGCCUGAUUGUUGCACUGCCCCACUGCCUGUCCCUUCUGGUGAAAUAAAGAUCUCUUAAUGCUGA